AUGUACCCACACAGUCCAACUGGCGAAUAUCGACUACUGGUGGUCCAAAAGACGAAGAAUGAUGGCUGCUACGUCUACACACUAGGCUCCGGCCAGCCGCCGAGGCACAUAGGAUGCCUUGAUGACAAGGAACUGAUGACUUCCCUUGAAACUGUCUUUUUCCAUGGUAGCUUGCAUUGGUAUACAGACACCAUGAUAAUGGUGUUUGACACCACCAACGAGUCGUUCCGGCAGAUGCACUCUCCCAUGGUUUCGGCAAAUGACCAUGAUGACCUGUUUGAGAUGAGUGACAUGCUUGGCAUGUUCUGUUUUAAUGAAAAAGAGAACAUUGUUGACAUCUGGGUGAUGCAGGACUAUGAAGGCGAAGUCUGGGCCUUACAACAUCGGGUUAAAUUGCCGAUUGCAGAGAUCAUGGAGCAAUUUGAAACUUCUAGAGGUUGGUUUGAUCCGGUGGCCGCAUCUUGGGAUGGUGACGUGCUACUGCUGAUUCAAUUUGAAGAUAACUGGCUGCUUCAGGUUGACAUGGAUGGCAAGUUGAUUGCUAAUAUCCAUCACAGAUUCCUAUAUACUACUCUACUUCGGCUCAAACAAUCUCUAGUUUCGCAUACCUUCUUUUCGAUACUAGAGGGUUAUGUUGCGAAUGCUUCGCCUUUUCAUCUCACCUGA